UUCACCCUCGACUUCGAGGCCCUAGGCAACAGUCGCAACUCGCAUCGCACAUUGACCAUGUCGAAGGAAGUGAGCGAUCCUCCCCUACCCGAUACAGGCGUCCCCAGCCUGCAAUCCCUCGUAGACUCUCUCCAGCGCAGAAUCAAGGACUUAGAGGCAGAGAAUGCAAAGCUGUCAUCUCGACUUUCAAGAUGCCGCUGUCAUGAGAUAGAGGAAACAUGUGACGGGGCUGUCGUAGAUCGUGAUAGUCUUGUUGAGGGAAGAAGGGAGUCAAAAACAGGUGGUAGUAGGACCGCAAAGAAGAAUGUAGCAGAGAAAAUUUCAGGGUAUAACACAAGGACCAUGAAUCACCAUUGCAAGAGAUAUGUUGCUCUAAAACUCAUGUAUUUUGGGCAAAGGUUCUAUGGUUUUGCUUCAGAGGCACAAAUGGAUCCUACCAUCGAGUCCGAAAUUUUCAGUGCUUUUGAGAGAACAAGGCUAUUAGUUGGUGACAAGAAGGAGUUACAGUACUCAAGGUGCGGUAGAACAGAUAAGGGGGUUUCCUCUGUUGGACAAGUGAUCGCUCUCUUUUUAAGAUCAAACCUCAAGGGAACCAGUGCGAACAGUGAAAAUUCUGGACAAAUUGUUUUAGAUGACAAAUUUGAAGGAGAAAUCGAUUAUGUGAGGGUGCUGAAUCGAGCCCUUCCUAAUGAUAUUCGAGUUUUAGGCUGGUGUCCUGUUCCUGUUGGUUUCAGUGCAAGGUUUAGCUGUUUGAGCAGGGAGUAUAAGUACUUCUUUUGGAGGGACAGCCUGAAUCUCUUGGCUAUGGAGAGUGCUUGUAAGAAAUUCAUUGGGGAACAUGACUUCAGAAAUUUUUGUAAAAUGGAUGCAGUAAAUGUGCACAACUACAGGCGGCAUAUCAUGUCGUUCGAAAUUUUUCCAUCUAUGUAUGAUGGUAAUCAACUUUGGGCAUUUAAAAUUAAAGGUAGUGCUUUUCUGUGGCACCAAGUCCGUUGCAUGGUUGCUGUAUUGUUGAUGAUCGGCCAAGAUCUUGAAUCUCCUGAUGUGAUAGACAAAUUACUGGAUACUUACAGGACACCAAGGAAACCUCAGUACUCCAUGGCUCCAGAGCUUCCUUUGGUUCUUCAUUCUUGUGAAUUUGAAGGUCUCAAGUUUAUUUGUUCAACAGAUGCUGGACAAGUUCUGCGUUUACACUUGGUGAAUCAAUGCCACGAUUACCAGCUCCAAGCUGCAAUUUUUCAUGAAGCUCUGCUAAGCUGCUUGCCCAUAUCAGAUCAGAGCUCAUUAAACAAUGGAAAAACCAAGAAAAAAGCUCCCCAUGUUCCACUUAUGUCACGGCCAACUGAGCCAUCAUACGAAGAGCGACGUAUGAAAUUGAACUCCAAAACGCAGGGUUUAUCAAAAUCCUCUUGAAGAGUAUAGGAAGAAAUGCACGAACUUUUGCUGCUAUUUUUUUGGUAUUUAAAUCAACCACGUUUUAUUGCAAAAUUAUGUUCUUUUUCCAAUUGAUGUAAUUUUCAUGAAAUGACUUGUAGUUGUUGGCAGCUGCUGUUUUUCAAUUGGACAAAAUUUUAAUCAUUUCGAGGUUCAUUUUUCCUCUUAUAUGGUCGCCUACAGUUUGUUCUCACAUGAUGAGUCUUUGUAAUUAUCCGUGAGUUUUUCCCCCUUGUAUUGUGUAGGGGAUAUAUCAUAGGAGAAAAUAUUUUAUUAUUU